AUGGAGAGAGAAUGCGGGCCGAAGGAGUUGUUUAGCGAGGAGGAGCUGCGAGAGAUAAGUGGGGUCAUUGUGGGAGAUGAUUACGUGGAGGUGAUGUGUGGCUGCACCAGCCACCGUUACGGAGACGCCAUUGCGAGGCUUAGGGUUUUCUCCGACGGAGACCUCCAAAUAACCUGCCAAUGCACUCCCGCUUGCAAAGAAGACAAGUUAACGCCUGCUGCCUUUGAGAAGCAUUCUGAGAGAGAAAGCUCGAGAAACUGGAGGAACAAUGUGUGGGUGUUCAUAGAGGGAGACAAAGUUGCGCUUUCAAAGACGGUGCUGCUCAGAUACUACAACCAAACAUUGAAGAAAUCCUCCAAAGAUGUUAACCAUCGGGAUGAGUUUGUUGAGUGCAGCAGAUGCGGGAAAGAGAGGAGGUUCAAAAAGAAGAGCAGAGGCGAAUGCCGGAUGCACCAUGAUGCAUUGGCUGACCCUACUUGGAAGUGUUGCGAUUAUCCAUACGACAAGAUAACAUGCGAGGAGGAGGAAGAGAGAGGGAGCAGGAAAGUGUACGGAGGAUGCAGUCGCUCUUCGUCUUGCAAAGGCUGCACUUCCUGCGUCUGCUUCGGCUGCAACCUCUGCCGCUUCUCUGAUUGCAACUGCCAGACUUGCCUUGACUUCACCGCCAACGCCCAACCCAUUUGA